GCUCGCGCCAAUCAAGGUGUUCAGAGCAGGUUCGGUUGCGGCGUCGGCUGCUGAUGUAGCUGUCAAAAGUCAGGCUGUCCGCCGCACGGAGAGCAGCUAGCAGGUAGCGAUGCAGUUCCUGGGCCGGCUGCUGGACACCGUCUCCUCCGUGUCAACCCUCUUCAUAAACCCUUACCGGGUCAAAGAAGUCCAGCUGUCUGAUUAUGGAGGAGGGGGCAAAGUUCGGCUGAAGGAGGAAGGACGCAUGGUCCUGUACAAAAACACACAGUGCCAGUCAUGGGACUGCGUGCUCCUGUCCCCCGAAACGCCCACUGUGGCCCUGAGGCUGUUUCAGGUGGGGUCAGAGGAGGAUGCCAUGAACUGGUUCCCCCAGUACGCCCUCAAGCUGCGACCUUUCUACGAGAUUCUGCCCCUGAAGGCGGACACGGCGCAGACCAUCGUGGACUGCCUUCGCAGCCACCCUGACUGGAGCUCUGCUCACAUCGCCGUGGAGACGGGCAUGAGAGAGUGCCUCAAACAUAACUACGUUCAGAGCCAGAUCAACGCGCGGGACGCGUCGGGCCAGACGCCUCUGCACCGGGCGUGCGAACGGGGCGACUUGGCGUGCGUGAAGGAGCUGCUGGACGAGAGCCAGGCCCGCACCGACAUCAGAGACCAGAACGGAGAAACCCCCAUGCACUACGCCUCCAAGCAGGAUUCUCCCGUCAUCAUCCAGGCUCUGUGCUCACGGCUGUGCUCAGGGGUGAACGAGCUCAACAGCAACGGAGAAACGCCGCUCCACGUGGCCUGCCGUCUGGGCCGGGUGGAGUCCGUCAAAGCCCUGCUGGAGGGGGGGGCCAAGUGCGACACCAUGGGCAGCACAGGAAACCCCAUCCACACUGCCAUGAAAUACAGCGAGAAGGGCUGCGUGGAGGAGAUUCUCAAGGCAGAUCCGUCCCAGCUGCAAGCCCAAGACUCCGUGUACGGAGGGACGCCCCUGCACUGGGCCAAAACCGCCGAGAUGUGCCGCAUGCUGCUGGACCGCGGCUGCGAGAUAAACUACCUCAGCAAGACCGGCGAGAGCGCCCUCCACGUUCUGACCAAGAAGGGCCACUUUGAGGCCGCCAUGGUGCUGCUGACCCACGGGGCCAACGCCAACCUGAAGGGCCAGGACGGAAACACGGCCCUGCACCUCGCUAUGAAGAUGGACCACAUGGAGCUGAUUAAAGGUUUGAUCGUGUUUGGCGCCGAUGUUGAGAUCCACAACAACCUGGGAGAAACACCCGGGCUGAUCGCAGCUCGCACCAGCAAAGGUCCUAAUAGAAAGAUCCUGCUGGACAUGCUGUGUAGUGUAGGAGUGCAGCGCUGCCUUCCUCGCUCCCCCAGCAGCCCUCCUCCUCUUCCUCCUCCUCCAGUCUCAAACAAGACCAAGCCUCGAGCCAUAGGGUUUCAGGACAUCCUGUACGUCGGGGCUGCAAUGGGAGCAAUUGGCAAAUCUGAAAUUGAUGGACAAGUAAUGGAGAAAAAGAAGAUAGACAGACUGCUUUGUCUGGACGGUGGCGGUAUCAAAGGCCUGGUUCUGAUCCAGAUGCUGAUCGCCCUGGAGAAGGAGGCGGGUCGGCCGACCAGGGAGCUCUUCGACUGGGUUGCUGGGACAAGCACCGGAGGCAUCCUCGCGUUAGCAAUAAUCCACGGUAAGUCCAUGGAGUACCUGCGCUGCCUGUACUUCAGAAUGAAGGAGCAGGUGUUCAGAGGGUCCAGGCCUUAUGAAUCCGCACCGCUGGAGGACUUCCUGAAGAAAGAGUUUGGAGAGAACACAAAGAUGACAGACAUCAAAUUCCCAAGGGUCAUGGUGACCAGCGUUCUGGCCGACAGACAUCCAGGUGAGCUCCAUAUCUUCAGGAACUAUGACCCUCCGUCUGUCCGCAGAGAGCCCUCCUACACCACCACCGCCACCUUCCAGCCUCUCACCAUCCCACAAGGGUGGGAGGAUGAGGAUGUGUUGAUAGUAGGAUACACAGAUGAGCCGCCCAGAAAGCGUAGGAAGGUGACAGACGAAGAACAACUCGUAUGGAGAGCCGCUCGCUCCAGCGGCGCCGCACCCACCUACUUCCGACCAAUGGGCCGCUUCCUGGACGGAGGGCUGUUGGCCAAUAACCCGACGCUAGACGCCAUGACAGAAAUCCAUCAGUUCAACAAGUCAUUAAAAGCUGAGGGUCGUGAAGCGAACAUCAAGAAGCUGGGCAUAGUUGUUUCUCUUGGAACAGGCAAACCUCCACAGGAAGUGGUGACCUCCGUGGACGUUUUCCGACCCUCCAACCCUCUGGAGCUGGCCAAGACGUUCGUAGGUGCCAAGGAGCUGGGCAAAAUGUUGGUGGACUGUUGUACGGACUCUGAUGGCUGCGCCGUGGACCGGGCCAGAGCCUGGUGUGAAAUGAUCGACACCAUCUACCACAGACUGAGUCCCCAGCUGUCUCAGGAGGUGAUGCUGGACGAAGUGAGCGACGAGGUUCUGGUGAACAUGCUGUGGGAAACGCAGAUGUAUCUGUUUGAGAAACGGGAAGUGCUUCAAUCUCUGGCGAAAACGCUGCUGUGAGGCUGACAGGAGAAAGAGACGACAGAGAGGGACCACAGAUAUAAACCUAUGAAUAUUUAACAAUCUACAAGAACAACCACUAUUCUAAGAGAACAAAUUAUUUUUGGUGCUUCCUGAAGGGCCUGUUUGAGGACAAAGCACUGAAACUUUCGACUAAAAUAAGUGUGAACCACAGGAAGGUUUAAACCUGACUGAAAUCUGCCUGAAAGUAACUUGGCAUGAAUUUAUGAAGGGGAGAGACGUGUAGCACUGACCUUAGCACUGACCUUAGCACUGACCGUGUUUUCUGCUUUCUUUACCAGGUUCACAGUUUUUAUAUAAACGUACAUUCAGUUUACAUAAAAACCUCUCCAGUAUAAAAACUUACCAUACUGGUAGGUUUGGUAAGAGGAGUACAUACCAUAAGUG